AUGGAAAUCUAUGUAGGGAUUGUUCAUGUUGAAAUGAUGGCAGGAAUCGAUUUGGGAGCCCGCUUCUGCCUGCAGCUUGGGGUGAAUGUGACGAGUGGUCAAACUUUGUCAGCGCUUGCUUCGAGAUCUGCUCGCGAGUGCCAAGAUGCAUGCCAAGCAACAGAUGGCUGUGAGCACUUCAACUUUUUGAUUGAUAGUGAUGGCAGCUCCACAGGAUUUGGCAGCUGCGUCCUUAUCCAAGCCAGCACUUCCGGGCAAGGCUUUGUGCAGACGGGCGUGGCCGCUGCAUAUGUUUCGGGUCCAUCCGUUUGCAAGUUUGCAUCGGUUCGGGAUGUUGCCGGCACUCGUAACACAGCAGGGGCGAUUGACAGCGUAAACCCUCUGGCGGCGCAGCUUUCAGAACCAGCUGGUCUAGGCAGCUGGCAAGACCAGCUGUUUGUUGCAGAUUCCGCGAAUCACUUAAUACGGCAAAUGGACAUGGCAACAGGCGCGGUGAUGACAGUUGCAGGCACUGGAAGCAGAGGCUUCACCACUGGGGACGACGCCACACACAGUGCAUUGGCUCGGACCCUCGACGCGCCACAUGCUGUGGACGUGAACCAGCUAGGCCACGUGUUCUUCACAGACUCAAUCAACAACAGGCUUGCCGAUGUGAGUGUCCAGACAGUGGUGACCCUUGCGGCUGGCGAGCUGACACCACGCGUGGCGGUGACAAACGGAGAGUUCGUGCUUUUUGGGCUCCGCACUUCGCCAGGCAAGAUACUGCAGUUCCAGAUUCAAAGCUUCCAGCAGGUGGGAACGACCAUUACCCUGGAUUCGGGCGACGACUUUGUGGAGUGCGGGACCAGCGAUGCAGACUAUUCGUACUUCGGGCUGGAGACUGAUCCUGCUGUGAUCUUGAAGUAUGAGUACGGGGACAUUCGAAUGCUCAGCGCAGCAUACAGCCCUGUGAACUUCGAGCUUGUAUCUUUGACGCAGCGUAGUACACUGGGAGCACGUUUCCUGGCCUCCCUGGCUGCGGACGACGAGCACCUCUAUGCCGCGGGGCAGGCGGUUGUUUGGGUCGUCAGAAAACAGUCGCGGUAG